UCCGUCCUCCUCCUCCUCCUCCUUCGUGUGUUUUUUUUAAAUGAUUUGGGGAGAAGAGGGGAGCAAGCAUUCAGAGCUUGGCUGACGGUGCAGGCAGGAGCGUCACAUAGGAAAACAGGAGCUUGAGGGGCAGCACACCGGGACUGAAGAGGAUUGAAGAGGCUUGGGGGAGUUUUUGGAUCUGAUGCACAGACUGAAAGAUUGACUUCCAGACAGAAGAAGCAGGAAUACGGAGAGUGAAAGGACAUAUAGACUAAUACAGACUCUCAACAAGCUUUAAACAAAACAUUUACACAUACAGACUGUAAAAAAAGCAAGGAAAAAGCCAGAUAUACUGAUUUAUUUCUGUAGAGAAGACAGACAUAUCUUGGGAGCGAGCUUAAACAUUUUUCCAGACGGGACUGGAGUUUUUUUUCCACUGGAGAGACACAGAAGCAGAUGGACAGAGGCACAUUUUGAAUGAAAAGACAAGACUCCUCAUCUUCAUUCAGCAAUGCUUUUGAGGAACUCUACACUGACCUAUUGCUGUGUGAUAUGUUCCUGGACGCUGACACAGGCGUAGGAAGCAUUUCAAGUCACUGAAUUCCUCUUGAGAAGAGGAUCCACGUUGUUUCUCUCUUUUUUUCCCCCAACAAACUCAUUCUUCAGUACAGGUGUUGUGCUGACUGUCACAAUGUUUUCUCAAAGGUACUCUUUAACACCAUCAUGGACUUGUUGCCUUUUGGUCUUGUGCAUGCUGGAUGUGUGGACCACAGCCCAGCAGUCCCAGCAGCCCCAGCAGCCCCAGCAGCAGUCCCGCCGCUCCAGACAGAUGCCAGUCCUGACCUCCUCCUCCUCCUCCUCGUCAGCCGGCAACCUGUCAGAGAGCGCAGAGAGCAAAGUGGAGCGCCUCGGCCUGGCGUUCAAGCGAAACGUCCGCGAGCUACGAGAGAAGAGCUCCUGCUUGGACCUGGUCUUCCUGGUGGACGAGUCGUCCAGCGUGGGGGCCAGCAACUUCCAGAGCGAGCUGAGGUUCAUACGCAAGAUGCUGUCCGACUUUCCUGUGGCGCCGGAGGACACGCGGGUGGCUUUGGUCACCUUCUCAUCCAAGACCCACGUAGUGACCAGGGUGGACCACAUCUCAGCGCCCAAGUCCCACCAGCACAAGUGUUCCCUGUUGAACCAGGAGAUCCCAGCCAUCAACUACAGAGGAGGGGGCACCUACACCAAAGGAGCCUUCCAGAGGGCAGCGCAAAUCCUCCGUCACUCCCGUUCCAACGCCUCUAAGGUCAUUUUCCUGAUCACGGACGGCUACUCUAACGGCGGGGACCCUCGGCCGGUGGCGGCAGCUCUGAGGGAACGUAACGUUGAGAUCUUCACCUUGGGCAUCUGGCAGGGCAACAUCAGGGAGCUGCACGACAUGGCCUCGCACCCCAAGGACCAGCACUGCUACCUGGUGCACAACUUUGCAGAGUUUGAGGCCCUGGCUCGUCAUGCGCUGCAUGAAGACCUCCCCACAGGCAGCUACAUCCAGGAGGACCUGUCGCGCUGCUCCUCUCUGUGUGAAGCCGGCAGGGACUGCUGCGACAUCAUGGCCAGCUGUAAGUGCGGCACGCACACGGGACAGUACGACUGCAUCUGUGAGAAGGGAUACUACGGCAAGGGGCUGCAGCACGAGUGCACAGCAUGUCCGCCCGGCACCUAUAAACCAGAGGGAACACCAGGAGGCCCCAGCACCUGCCUGUCCUGCCCCGACUCGCAGCACACCUCCCAGCCCGGCAGCACCGCCCUCAGCGACUGCGUCUGCAAGCCGGGAUAUCAGCCAGUAGGCAUGACCUGCCAGGUGGUAUACUGUCCAGCGCUGUCUCCUCCAGAAAAUGGCUUUUUCGUCCAAAAUGUAUGCAACAACCACUUCGACGCAGCCUGCGGUGUUCGAUGCAAGCCAGAUUUCGACCUCCAGGGAACUGGCAUCAGGCUGUGCCAGGCUGACGGCACCUGGUCAGGGAGUCCUGCCAGCUGCAGAGUCCGCUCCUGUCUGCCGCUCUCCCGGCCCCAGCACGGCUUCCUGAGGUGCAGCGAGGGCGGCGCCUCCUACAGGGCCGAGUGUCAGGCGGGCUGUGAGCGAGGCUACAGGCUGGAGGGAGACCCCAGACUCACCUGCCAGGCCGACUCCCAGUGGAGUGGACCCCAACCUCGGUGUGUGGAGGUGCGCUGUCCCCCCAUCGUGGCCCUGAAGAACAUCGUGCUGUCGCCCCCUGCCUGCGGGAAGAGGACGGUGUCUCCGGGCUCCGCCUGCCUGCUCACCUGUCGCCAUGGUUACAGUCUGCAGGGCAACAGGAAGGCGGCGUGCACCAGCUCUGGGAACUGGACCGCUAACGUCUUUAAAGCCGUCUGUAAAGAUGCUGAACCCCCGGGGAUCCAGUGCCCCAACAACAUCGUUGCAGAGACGGACGAGCGGCGCGGCACCGCUAACGUCAGCUGGAACGUCCCGACUGCCACCGACAACUCUAAAGAAGAGGUGGUGGUGCAGGUGAAGCCGGUGUACAAUCCCCCUCAGCUGCUCCCCAUCGGACAGGAAACCAUCACCUACAUUGGGACGGACCGCACGGGGAACCAGGCCAACUGCUCCUUCACAGUCACCGUCAUCGAUACGGAGCCCCCGGUGAUUGACAGGUGCCGGUCGCCGCCCACCGUCCAGGCCACAGACACGGAGACGGCGGUCGUUUGGGAGGUGCCGCAGUUUUCCGACAACUCAGCUGGUCGCCUCACACUGACCAGCAGCCACACUCCAGGCUCCGUGUUCCCAGUAGGAGAGACUCUGGUCCAGUACACGGCUACUGACGCUGCAGGAAACAGCCGCACCUGCAACCUCACCGUCACCGUGCAAGGGACGAGCUGUGAGCAGCCGUACGUCCCAGUGAACGGAGAGUUCAUCUGCUCUGAGGAAGAGGAGGGCGUUAACUGCACUCUUCACUGUAAAGAAGGCUACAGCUUCACUCAGGACGCAGUGCACAACUACUUCUGCGCCUACAACGGAGUGUGGGAGCCGCCCUACUCUCCAGACAGACCCGACUGCUCAGUGAACCGAAUAGCAAACAACGGGGUCAAACCCUUUGAGAUGCUGUUUAAAGCGUCUCGCUGUGACGACAUGGACCUGAUCAAGUCGUUUACUGGAGAGUUCAACUCCAAACUGGGAGGCAUGCUCCCCAACAUCUGUAGCAGCAGUGAUGUCACCUGUAAGCUGGAGGUGAUGCCGCAGGGUCACUGCCUCGAGUACAACUACGACUACGAGAACGGCUUUUCUAUUGCUCCAGGGGGUUGGAGCAACAGCUGGGGUCCUCAGGGUGCCCAGGACUACGCUUACUUUGAGUCAGGCUUUGCCACAGGCAGCCGCCAGCUGGCCAGGCAGCAGCAGGACGGCAGCGUGCAAACACGCCAACGCAGCAAGAGACACCGCAAGAUCACCGGACCCACCAGAGACCAGAAGAUCCAGAUCUAUUUCAACAUCACAGCAAGCAUCCCUCUGCCGCUGUCCAGGAACGACUCAGUGGAGGUGGCCAAUCAGAAGAGACUGCUGCGGACGCUGGAGCAGCUGACCAACCGUCUGAAGAGAACGCUGGCCAAGCAGCCGCUGUCCAGCUUCCACGUGUCCUCAGAGAUGAUCGUCGCCGAUCCCAAAACUCUGGAGAGCAAGAAGCCCUCGCUGUUCUGCAGGCCGGGCUCCGUGCUCAAAGGACGGAUGUGUGUGCAAUGUCCGGUGGGAACGUACUUCUCUCUGGAAUAUCACGAGUGUGAGAGCUGCUGGCUGGGCUCCUUCCAGGACCAGGAGGGUCAGCUGGAGUGCAAGUCCUGCCCCGAGGGGACGUCCACCGCCUACCUGCACUCCCGCAGCGUCGCUGAGUGCAAAGGGCAGUGUAAGCCUGGUAGUCACUCUCUGAACGGCCUGGAGAUCUGCGAGUCGUGCCCGCUUGGUCACUUCCAGCCCGGUUUCGGCGCCAGGGAGUGUCUCAUCUGUCCCGACGAGACCUCGACCGUCACCAGAGGAGCCGUGGACGAGACGGAGUGUGGAGUCCCCUGUUCGGCAGGUCAUUUCUCCCGUACCGGUCUGGUUCCCUGUUACCCCUGUCCCAGAGAUUACUACCAGCCCGAACACGGACGCUCGUACUGCCUCUCCUGCCCCUUUUAUGGCACCACCACUGUGACCGGUGCAACCACCAUACAGCACUGCUCCAGCUUUGGCUCCAGUUUCCUCCCCAAAGAGGAGAGUGUGACAGCGGCUCCAGAGGUGGAGGUCAUCGAGGACUACCAAGCAAGCAGCCAGGUUUUCCACGAGUGCUUCCUGAAUCCCUGUCAGAAUAAAGGCACGUGUGAGGAGGUCGGGGCGGGAUACGUCUGCACCUGCAUGCCCGGGUUCACAGGUGCCAAGUGUGAGAUCGACAUAGACGAGUGCGACUCCACUCCGUGCCAGAACGGAGGCCUGUGUAAGGACGGCAUGGGGGACUACGAGUGUCAGUGCAAGCCUGGCUUCAUAGGCUCUCUGUGUGAGGCGGAGGUCAACGAGUGUCUGUCCUCUCCGUGUCUCAAUGAAGGUGUGUGUGUGGACGAGGUCAACAGGUUCGCCUGCAGCUGUGCCAUCGGCUUCACAGGAUCUCGUUGUGAGCUGGACAUCAACGAGUGUCUGUGUAAUCCGUGUCUGAACGGAGGAGCGUGUGACGACCUGACGGGCGGCUACUCCUGCUCCUGUCCCGAGGGCUUCUCAGGAGAACGCUGUGAGGUCAACAUCGACGACUGUCAGUGUAACCCCUGUCUGAACGGAGCCUCGUGUCUGGAUGCUGUCAACAACUUCAGGUGUCAGUGUGUGGAGGGUUACCGAGGCCGUCUGUGUGAGGUGGACGUGGACGAGUGCGACCCCAACCCGUGUGUGAACGGAGCCAGCUGCAUGGACGGGCUGGGCUCCUACACCUGCCGCUGCCUCCCUGGGUUCAACGGAACCAGGUGUGAGACAGAGAUGUCUGCCGCCUUCAAUCUGGACUUUGAGGUGUCUGGUAUCCACGGUUAUGUGAUGAUGGACGGGGUGAUGCCGGCGCUGACCGAGAUCACCUGCACCUUCUGGAUGAGGUCAUCGGACACCACCAACUAUGGAACACCUGUGUCCUACGCUGUGGAGGGCAGCGACAACGCCUUCCUUCUCAUAGACUACAACGGCUGGGUUCUGUACGUGAACGGGAAGGAGCGGAUCACUGACUGUCCUGCAGUGAACACAGGUCAGUGGUACCACAUCGGAGUCUCCUGGAGGAGCUGGGACGGAGACUGGAGAGUCUACAUCAACGGGAAGCCCUCGGACGGAGGCAAAGGCCUGUCAGUGGGCACCACUAUCCCAGGUGGCGGGGCGCUGGUGUUGGGUCAGGACCAGGACCAGAGGGGCGAGGGCUUCAACCCCGUCGAGUCCUUCGUCGGCUCCAUCAGCCAGCUCAACAUCUGGGAUCGGGUUCUCACACCUCAGCAGAUAAAGGUCCUGGCCAGCAGCUGUCCAAACUCCCAUGUGGCCCACAGAGGGAACGUCCUGGCCUGGCCAGACUUCCUCAGCGGGGUGGUGGGCCGAGUCAAAGUCAACCUCAGCAGCGUUUUCUGUGCUGAUUGCCCCAAGCUGGAGAACGCGGUGCCCCACCUGCACGCCUCCACCGUGGAGCUGAGCCCCGGGGCGCAGGUCCAGCUGUCCUGUGAUCCCGGCUUCUACCUGCUGGGGGAGCCGCUGCUGCAGUGCCAGAAUAAAGGGGAGUGGAGCCAUCCUCUGCCCAGCUGUGAACGAGUGUCCUGUGGAGCUCCUCGUCCUCUGGAGAACGGCUUGUUUCAGGGGACAGACUUCCACGCCGGCAGCUCCAUGGUUUAUCAGUGUAACGCCGGCUUCUACCUGCUGGGAGACACCAAGCUGCACUGCUCCAACAGUGGCAAGUGGGGAGGAAACCCCCCUGCCUGUCUCGAUGUGGAUGAGUGUGCUCUCGGAUCGGACUGUGAUGAACACGCUAGUUGUCAGAACACAGAAGGAUCUUACAGCUGCACCUGUACCCACCCGUACACUGGAGACGGCAAGAACUGCACAGAGCCGGUGAAGUGUGAGAACCCAGGCUCCCCAGAAUUCGGUCACAGAGACGGCAGCAACUUCCUGAUGGGCGGGAAGGUUGUUUUUGGCUGCGAUAACGGCUACGAGCUGAUUGGCUCGACUCGACUGCAGUGCCUGGAGACAGGAAGCUGGGACCACAUCAUCCCGUACUGCAGAGCCCUCUCCUGCCCGGCUCCGUCUGUCCCAGAGAACUCCGUCAUGACGGGAAACAACUUCACCUAUGGAAGCAAGGUGACUUUCAGCUGCAUGAAGGGCUUCCUGCCUCAGAUCCCCUAUGAGUUUCACUGUCUGGCCAGUCUGAGGUGGAGCGGGACACCGCCCGUCUGUCACCCAGUGACCUGUGGGGGCCCGCCCACUGUGGACAACGCCCACUACACCCUCAACACAAACACAUACCAGUCCACUGUCACGUAUACCUGCGCUGAGGGAUACAGACCACAGGGCUCCAUGGAGGUGGUGUGUGAAGCGACGGGGGAGUGGAGCCGGCCUUUCCCUCGCUGUGUCAACGUCCUGUGCAGCGAGCCUCCGGCCCUGAGGGACGCCGUGACGGUGGGAGAGAACUUUGAGCUGGGAAACAAGGUGCACUAUGUCUGCAAAGAAGGCUACACUCUGAUUGGCCCGGAGACCAGGGAAUGUCUGCCAAGUGGCCAAUGGAGCGACAGCUCCGCCCAGUGCGUCCCUCGCUCCUGUGGCCCCCCGCCCGCCAUCGACCACGCCGAGCCCUACGGGAGCCACCAGCUGUUUGGAGACACGGCUAACUACUACUGCACGGACGGAUACACUGCCGGCAACAACUCCAAGAUGGUGUGUAACGCUCAGGGUGUGUGGGCGCCCCCUAGUGGCUCGGAGGCCCCCCGCUGCAUCGCUAACUUCUGCCUACGUCCACCUGAGCUGCCCCACGCCAUUUUAGACUCCGUCAACAAACCCAAAUACGCCAGCAGCAGCGAAGUGAGCUAUAAAUGUGAGGAGGGCUUCAUGCUGAACACCACGGCCACCCUGAGGUGUCUGAUGGGAGGAGAGUGGGAGCCGUCGCCGUUUGAUAUCGGCUGCAUGCCGGUGAGGUGCUCCAGGCCUGAGAGCAUCGACCGAGGCUACGUCAUGGGGACCAACUAUAGCUUCGGAGCGGUGGUGGCGUACAGCUGCGAUAAAGGCUUCCUGAUCCGAGGGGAGAAGAGGAGGACCUGCAAGGCCAACGGGGAGUGGGGAGGAGCUCUGCCCACCUGUGUACCUGUCACCUGCUCACAGCCUCCUGCACUCAAGAACGGAUUCAUACAGGGCAGAGUUCUAUUAACCUUCAACAGCAAGGUGAACUACGGCUGUAACGCAGGCUUCAGGCUGAUUGGUCAUCGGGAGCGAAUGUGCCAAGCGAACCGCCAGUGGUCCAACAGCGACCCUCCCACCUGCGUCCUGCUGACCUGCGACCCUCCUCCCAACAUCGUCCACGGACACUACAAGGGCUCCGAUUUCCAGGUGGGCCGAAAGGUGCAGUACUACUGUGACGAGGGCUACGAGCUGGCCGGGGACGCCACCUGGACCUGCCUGAAGUACGGGAGGUGGGACAAGUCGAGACGUCCCCGCUGCUCUCCGGUGCAGUGUCCGGAGCCGCCGCUGGAGGAGAACCACCUGGUCCUGAAGGGCCUGGACUCUGAGUCUGGAACGGUGGAGUUAUCUUGCGAGGACGGCUACGUCCUGGAGGGAGCCCGCGUCCUCCGCUGCACCCCGUCCCAGGAGUGGAACGACACCUUUCCGCUGUGUAAGCAGGUGUUCUGCGGCCCUCUGCCCGAAGUGUCGUUCGGAGGCCCCUCCUCCGCCUCUCCUCCGUUCCCUUUCGGCUCCGUGGUGAGCUACACCUGCAUGGAUGGCUUCACUUUAAGAAAAGAAGGCUCUGUGUCCUGUGUAGCCAGCGGGCAGUGGAGCAAUCCUUACCCAGAAUGCAUCCCUGUUGAAUGCCCUCAGCCUGUGGAGGUUUCUAACGGUAUCGUUGACGUCCAGGGUCUGAUGUACCUCAGCAAAGCUCUCUACAGCUGCAGGACUGGAUAUAACUUAGUGGGCAACUCCACCGUGCUCUGUGGAGAGAAGGGGCUCUGGAUCGGAGGCGUGCCUUCUUGCCGCCCAAUCGAAUGCUCCGUCCCCAAACAGAUCACUAACGGGAAAGUCGUUUAUACAAAACUCCAGUUUGGCCACAGUGGCACCUACUCCUGUCGCCGUGGUUACCGUCUCCAAGGCCCAGAGACCGUCCUGUGCCUGGCCAGUGGGGAGUGGGACAUGGAGCCGCCUGUUUGCGUGCAGAUAUCCUGCACGCCGCCCCAACCGAUUGAAAACGGAUUCGUAGAGGGUCAGGAUCACAGUUUCGGGGUCACCAUUUUCUACAGCUGCUUCCCAGGCUUCCAGCUGGUCGGCCAGGACCAUCUGACCUGCGAGGACUUCGGCUGGUCCAGCUCCGUCCCGGUCUGCGUGCCCUCCGACUGCGGGCUCCCUCCUCACAUUGACUUUGGGGACUACGUCAGGGUGGGAGGACGCUCUGACACUGGAUCAUUAGCCUCCCCCAUGGACUUGAGCUUCCUUCACGGGACCUUUAUCGAGUACCGCUGCCACAAAGGUUACGACCUCACCAGCCCCACCAGGCUGGUGUGCCUGGAGGACGGAGGCUGGAACGGCACGGCACCGUCCUGUGUCCCGGCAGAGUGUGAAACACCACCCGGCCCGGAGCACGGCUGGGUCAACGUGAGUGACACCUCCCUGGGCAGCACGGUCAGGUACAGCUGUGAGGACGGAUACGAGCUGCAGGGGGAGCCGCUGAGGCAGUGUGUGUCAGGCCGACUGUGGACUAACGAUGCCCCGGUUUGUCGGCCCGUCUCCUGUGGUGACCCAGGCGCCAUCGCUAACGGCACAGCUCACGGAGGGGCUUUCGUCUACCCUGAGGUCCUGCACUAUGAGUGUAGUCCUGGAUUUGUCUUAAAGGGGAGCGACACUAUUGCAUGCAAGGUGGACGGGAAGUGGAACAGACCGAAGCCGUGGUGUGACCCGGUGUCUUGUGGCCCCCCGAAGGUCCCCAGUGAUGUUAGUUUUAGAGGAGAUGACUACAGCUAUAAUAAGGAGAUAGAACUGAGCUGUCAGCCCGGUUUCAUCUUAAAAGAGAAAUCUAUCAGUGUUUGUCAGGCUGAUGGCACCUGGAGCCACAAGUCUCUGAGCUGUGUUCCUGCCCGCUGCGGGAAACCCUCGCCAGUAGCCAACGGGCGUGUGUCCGGGUCUGAGUUCGGCUUAAACAGCAAGGUAAGCUACGAAUGUGACGAGGGAUACACGCUUAACGGAGAACACACGCGUAUUUGUCAGUCAGACGGACUUUGGGACAAACCUGCGCCUCGCUGUGACAUCAUCAGCUGCGAUCCACCCGAGGACAUCAGCCACGGCUUCCUCAACGGCUCCAGCUUCAACUACGACGACGUGGUGGAGUACGUGUGCUUCGACGGCUACGAGGUGGUGGGGGACCCCGUGCUGAGGUGCUCCGCUCGGGGCUUCUGGGUGGGCACGGUGCCUCAGUGUCGGCCCUGCGUCUGCGCCCUCCCCGUGGUCAAAUUCGGCGUGGUUCUCGGCCGCGAGCGCGCCUGCGGAGACGUCGUGCACUUCCAGUGUGAUGGCGGCUACAAGCUGCUGGGCCCCUCUCAGGCGGUGUGUGAGAAGGGGGGGGUGUGGGGCCCCGGGGUGCCCGUGUGUGGCCGGGGAAGGUGCAGUGUCGCCCCGCCUACAGUGGCCAACGCUGUCCUGCAGGGCGGCAGUGCCACCUUCCCAGACACGGUGAUCUACCGGUGUCGGCCGGGCUACCAGCCCAGGGGCUACCCACACCUCUCCUGUGGAAGAGACGGCAGGUGGGGGGAACCCAGAAUCAGCUGUGAGCCUCUGAGCUGUGGAAAGCCUCCACCUGUCGCCCACGCUCAGGUGGAGGGAGACACCUUCACCUUCCCAAACCAGAUCACAUACAGGUGUGAGGACGGCUACGCUCUCGCCACACAGACAUCUUCUCUCUCCUGUCAGAGUGACGGCACCUGGUCCAAACACAGCGUCCGCUGUAGCCCCGCCCCCUGCCUGCUGCCCGCCAACUCCUCCAACCCCCAUCUGGUGAUCAGCGGGGAGGAGCUGACUCCUGUCGGGGGCACCGUCACCCUCUCCUGCCCUCCUGGUCUCCACCUGCAGGGCUCAGCACUCGCUGAGUGUCAGCCGGGGGGGCGCUGGGCUCCAAGCCUCUCCUCAGUUUCCUGCGAGCUGGUGGUUUGUGAGAAACCCCCUCCUCUUCUCCACGGUGUCACCGAGGGCGACAGCUACAACUACGGGGACUUCCUCAUGUAUUCGUGCCUGCCAGGCUUUGACAUGAAGGGAGACUCGAUCCAGACGUGUCAGGGGGACAGAACAUGGAGCGGCACCCAGCCGCUGUGUGUUGCACAAUCCUGUGGGCCUCCUCCCACAGUGCAACAUGGACAGGUUCACACGUCAGGAGAGACGUAUCUACACAACGCCAGCUAUGUGUGUAAUGCUGGUCUGCAGCUGUUUGGCUCAAAGACUCUCGUCUGUCAGAGCAACGGCACCUGGAGCCUCCCAGCUCCAACAUGUGAAGCGUCCAGAGGCUGCGACAGCCCCAAGCAGAUGCUGCACGGUAAAGUGACGGAGCACAACCUGAACACAGGGCGCGCCGUGGAGUUCAUGUGUGAUAAAGGCUUCAGUCUGGUGGGAGAUUCUCUGGUGGUGUGCAUGGGCGGCAACACCUGGAGCUCCACCUUCCCCACCUGCCAACCGAAGUCGUGCUCGGCUCCUCCAGGCUGGAGGGACGACGGCAGCAGGAACGGGUCCCGGCAGAAGUUCCUGGUGGGCCAGUCGGUCCGUGUGGCCUGCCCCAAAGGUCAACAGGUGAAAGGCAGCGGCAGCAUCACCUGCAGGCCCGACCAGAGCUGGAGCCCCGUCAGCUCCGUCUGUGAACGGGUGUCCUGUGGCCCCCCCCUCCACGUGGCCAACGGGGUGGUGCGGGGGGCGGUCUUCCAGUUCGGGGACGUGGCGGCGUACUCGUGUUUUGGCGGCUACGUGAUGGAGGGCGUCGGGAGGAGCAGGUGUCUAGAGAACGGCACCUGGACGCCGCCUCCCACCUGCAGAGCGGUGUGUUGGUUGCAUUGCCAGAACGGAGGUGUGUGUCAGCGGCCCAACACUUGCUCCUGCCCCGAGGGCUGGAUGGGCCGACUCUGUGAGGAGCCCAUCUGCAUCCUGCCGUGCCUGAACGGCGGCCGCUGCGUGGCUCCCUACCAGUGUGAGUGUCCCAGCGGCUGGAGCGGCACGCGCUGCCACACUGCUGUGUGUUCCUCACCUUGUCUGAAUGGAGGCCGGUGCAUCAGACCCAACAGAUGUCACUGCAGUCCUGGCUGGAGCGGACACGACUGCUCCAGGAAAAGGAAAUCGGGAUACUAUCACUUCUAAAGGUUCCACUCCGCUCCAUGUGAAUCGUCUUAUGAAGGGAAUUCUUGUAUAGUUAACUGACUCUGUAAACCCAUUCAUUCUCAUCUCUCUGCAAAGGCAAAGCAAGAACCAUUUUGUAAAAUAAAGCUGUAUUUUUUCAUAUAGAGACUCAACAGUAUUAAACAUAUGCUGCUAUAUACUUGUACGAUGUGUAAAAACUAUUGAUGUGUUUGUCCAAUGUAUAUGUGUAAACUAUUCUCACGUUUUUAUUAAAGCAUAAAAUGCC